GUGCCGUUUUUAACCCCAUUUGCACCAUGUUUUCCAGUGCACCAAACUACUCAAAGCUGAAGACGAACCUUCGCCUAGCGCUCAACCGACUAAAGCUGCUGGAGAAGAAAAAAACUGAACUGGCACAGAAGGCACGGAAAGAAAUAGCCGAUUAUAUAGUGGCUGGCAAACCUGAACGGGCCCGUAUCCGGGUGGAGCACAUCAUCCGCGAAGACUAUCUGGUGGAAGCGAUGGAGAUAGUGGAAAUGUACUGUGAUUUGAUACUCGCCCGGUUUGGGCUUGUGACGCAGAUGAAGGAGCUGGACGAAGGCAUCGAGGAGGCGGUAAGCAGUAUCAUCUGGGUGGCGCCCCGAUUGCAGGCGGAUGUGCAAGAGCUGAAGCUCUGCUCGGACAUAUUCACGCUAAAGUAUGGCAAACCGUACGCGGAACAGGUGCGUGCUGCUAUCCCGCCCCACAAGAUAUCGGAUAAGCUGAUGCAUAAGCUGGCCAUACAGGCGCCACCGAAGUUGCUGGUGGAGAAGUAUCUAAUUGAGAUUGCAAAGAUCUUCAACGUGGAGUACGAACCGGAUCCGAACGUGAUGAAGGAUGAUCGAUCGAACAUCAUGGACGGGGAGGAGAGUGUGUUGAUCGAUCUGGCUGAUAAGAACAAUCUGGACGGUUCUUCCUCAGGUGGCGCAGGUGCAUCGGGUGGAAGUGGUGGUAGCAGCGGUGGUAGCGGAGGGGGUGGAACAGCGGCUCCAACACCAAAUGUAGGAUUUGUAGCAUAUCCUCCGCCAAUUCCGCAGCUACCGGUUGUUCCGCCAGCCGUUCCUUUCCAGUAUCCGGCUGGUCCCAGUGGACAAAACUUUGGUGGAGCAUCUGCACCGCCACCGUUCAGCUACAACAUACCGCCCAACUCGUCAGAAAAGGAAGAGGUCAAGGAUUUGAACAUUAACGCCAACUUUCUUAAUGAAGAAAGAGGAGUAAGCGAUGCCACUGGUCCACCGCCUUCUUACUCAUCCCUUAGUCCGGAUGACAACAUGCAGAACUCAACCAAACCAAAACCUCAGCCAAGGUCCAAGUUUUCGCCAGAACUUAACUUUCCACCAUUGCCGAACGUGCCACUGGAUCUGCCAGAAGUACCGGACGGUGACGAGAACAAGAACGAUAACGAUGAGAUCGAUUUCGACGAUUUGUCACGCCGGUUUGAGGAGCUGAAGAGAAAGAAGUGAAUCUGUUCCCGUGCAUGCAGGGCCCUGCACAACUCUCUCUGUGUAAAUGCGACUCACAUAGCUUUACCGUUCGAUGGAAUCGGAAGGGCAACAAAUACC